UCCCGGCUGCGAGCUCAGCUGGUGCCGAGCGCUCCGGGUCCCGGAGCCGGCGGCCUGAGGGAUGGACGAGACGAGCCCACUGGUGUCCCCCGAGCGGGCCCAACCCCCGGAGUACACAUUCCCGUCGGGCUCGGGCGCUCACUUUCCGCAGGUGCCAGGGGGCGCGGUCCGAGUAGCAUCGGCGGCCGGCUCGGGCCCCUCUCCGCCGGGCUCGCCAGGCCACGACCGGGAGCGGCAGCCCCUGCUGGAUCGGGCCCGGGGCGCGGCGGCCCAAGGCCAGUCCCAGACCGUGGCGGUGCAGGCCCAAGCCCUGGCGGCGCAGGCCGCGGCCGCCGCGAAUGCCGCGCAGGUCCACCGUGAGCGGAACGAGUUCCCGGACGACCCCGAGUUCGAGACUGUGGUGCGGCAGGCCGAGUUGGCCAUCGAGCGCGGCAUCUUCCCCGAGCGCAUCUACCAGGGCUCAAGCGGGAGCUACUUUGUCAAGGACCCUCAUGGGAAGAUCAUUGCUGUUUUCAAACCCAAGAACGAAGAGCCGUACGGGCAACUUAAUCCCAAGUGGACCAAGUGGCUGCAGAAGUUGUGCUGUCCCUGCUGCUUUGGCCGUGACUGCCUUGUCCUCAACCAGGGCUAUCUCUCAGAGGCGGGAGCCAGCCUGGUGGACCAAAAGCUGGAGCUCAACAUUGUACCCCGUACCAAGGUAGUAUACCUGGCCAGCGAGACCUUCAACUACAGUGCCAUUGACAGAGUGAAGUCCAGGGGCAAGCGGCUAGCUCUAGAGAAAGUGCCAAAAGUUGGACAGCGGUUUAACCGGAUUGGGCUACCACCAAAGGUCGGUUCAUUCCAGAUCUUUGUUGAAGGCUACAAAGAUGCAGAUUACUGGCUACGGCGGUUUGAAGCAGAGCCUCUCCCUGAGAACACUAACCGGCAACUACUGCUGCAGUUUGAGCGGUUGGUGGUGUUGGAUUAUAUCAUCCGCAACACUGAUCGAGGCAAUGACAAUUGGCUAAUUAAAUAUGACUGCCCUAUGGAUAGUUCCAGCUCUCGGGACACAGAUUGGGUGGUGGUGAAGGAGCCGGUCAUCAAGGUGGCUGCCAUCGACAAUGGGCUGGCUUUUCCCCUGAAGCAUCCUGACUCAUGGAGGGCAUAUCCUUUUUACUGGGCCUGGUUGCCCCAGGCCAAAGUCCCCUUCUCUCAGGAGAUCAAAGAUCUGAUUCUUCCGAAGAUAUCAGACCCUAACUUUGUCAAGGACUUGGAGGAAGAUCUAUAUGAACUCUUCAAGAGAGAUCCUGGUUUUGAUAGGGGCCAGUUCCACAAGCAGAUUGCCGUCAUGCGGGGACAGAUCCUAAACCUGACCCAGGCCCUGAAGGACAACAAGAGUCCCCUGCACCUUGUCCAGAUGCCCCCCGUGAUUGUUGAGACGGCCCGUUCGCACCAGCGGUCUUCCAGCGAGUCCUACACGCAGAGCUUUCAGAGUCGGAAGCCCUUCUUUUCCUGGUGGUAGCCCUAGAGGCAGGUGAAGGAAAGACUGAGACUUGGGCUGGAAGGAAACCUGCAGAGCCAGGUGCAGAAAAAGCCAGGGAAGCUGGUGGAGAAAGCAGUGCCUGGAAGUCCUCUCCCUCUCUACUCACCACCCACAGGGAGAAGCACAAUCAGGGACAGUGAGUGCCCUUGGGCCCUGCUGAGGGCCAGAGGGCCAUGCAGGCGCCUGGAAGGGAGAAUCUCCCUUCCAGGGACUCCUGGUGGCAGCUGGGAAAGUCCUUUCCUUCCCCAACACCUUGCUCUGUUGCAAAAGUCCCUAUUAUAUUCUGCAUCAGAAAAACAAACCAACAAAAACAAGUUAAAUGCUUGUAGCAAAUCCCUACAGCCUCCUAGGGCAGAAUCCUUUAAUCUAGACCUAAAUUUGCAUAGGCACAGACCUUUGUGUUGCUUAUUCCCAGGAACCAAGGCUGUCAGGGGACCACUUGCAGUGCUGGGACACACAGAAGGCCCAUCUUUCUUUUGGGUUUUUGCCAAAUCUCCUUUCCCUUUCUCUUCCUGCCAGUGUUGUAGGUGGUUCCAGGCCUCCCCAUCCUUCUCAUGACAAGGAGGCUUGGCUUUGCCACUGCCUGUGGCUCUGCACUCUGGCCAACUGCAGCUAGCCUGUUUGUCACUCAGGCAGACACAGGCGGGACUGGGCUUAGCAUUUUAUCAGGACAGGAAAUUGACACCCCCGCAUGGAAAGGUGAUAGUUCAAAUGUAUGCUGGGAGCAACAAGUGUUCUGUGGGUGUACUUGUCCAGCCCUACUUCUGGAGUCCUUGGUUCCAGCUAUUUGUUCCGCCCUUACUUUAAAUAUUUGUCUUCCUAACUCUUGAUUUAUGAGUUCAGUUUGGGUUCUGGAGUGGGUCUCCGAGAGGAUCCUGGGUUGAGUCCAGCCCUUAAGAGAACACGAUAUUAGGUUCUUGUAUUUACAUGCUACUAUCAUGGCAUGGCAGAAGUGUUCUGCCUGCUGAUGGGCAGUUUCCUUUUUGCUUCCUGACUUCUUGUUCUAUGCUGGUUUCUCCGUGGCCUCUUGAGCAAGGCAAGGCCCCAGUGUUGCCAGUGCCUACUCAGCUAACAGUGCAUAUUCUCACUUCCAUGUGUCUUCCCUGCUCUCCACACCCCUGCCAGAUGUUCAAGCCCUUUCUACACCAAAGCAAAGAAGGCCACAGGAGGGAGUAAAAAGGGUACUGCCUGUGGCUGAGGCACAGCUGAGUUCUGUCACCCUGCAACUGGUCAAUCAGCCUUGGAAAGAAGCUAUCACGAAGGUUUAAGAAACAACCAAAGAAAAGGAGUGAGGUGACGGCUGUGUCCUCUGCUUGCCUGGCUCCCAUCGUCCGUGACGCAGAGACCGGCAGCCCUCUCAUUGGCUGUGCCAUGCUGCUCCCCUUCCAUCAUGGGUUGUGCUGGGCUUCUGCCCAGCUGAAAAGAAGAGCUGGAUAUACAUGCCCUAUGGACAAAGGCACAGCUCCCUGCCUGCCCAAGUCUGACAAUCGCUUCCCGCUGAUCUGGACUCUGGCCUUGGACAUGUUUGAGAGACUGGCUGCCUCCUGACCACAGGUGCUAGCGGGGUUCCAGGUGUGGUAGCUUCCCAUGGACAUCUUGACCCAAGCACGUCCGGGAGCUCCUGGCAACCUAUGGCGUCUGAGGAUCAGCUUGGUUUCUUCCUCCAGCCAAGCCAGGUCUAUACAUUGUCCUGAUCCAGACCAGCUCUGUGAGCAGAAGAAAUUGGGGUCCAGUAUAAGAGGGAGCCAGUCAGCGUGGACAUCCUUCCCUGGCCCGUCUGCAUCCUCUCUGGAAGCCUGUCCUCAGGUUGACUUGAAUGUGGACUUUGGGAGAGCCAAAGGCCUGGGUGCCAGGGCAGGCUUUUUGGUGGCACUCCUGCAACACCUCAUCCCUCUGCCAGUGUGGGCCCUGUUCCAUGGUGUUGAAGUGGAGGCUGGGCUGUGAGUGCUGCUGCCCCCCCCAUGUCAUUCUCUAAUGCACUGUAGAAAUUGUAUGUAUUGUAUUUAAAUCAAUGCAGAUGUAUGAAUAACAAAUCCAAUUCUGACUA